AUGGACUUCGCGGCGUUGAUGUCCCAAGAACUCGCCAAAAAGAAAGGUCCAUCCCCGUCCGAGUCCAAAACAGCCGCCGACACAUCGUCCAAAUACGUGCGCAAGGCCGACGCCGAAGCCGCAAGGCAAGAAGCAUACCUCGCCGAACAGAAGCGACUCGCAGAAGAAAAAGAAGCCAAGGCCGCCGCAAAACGAAAACGCGAGGAGGAUGCCGCAGAAGAGGCGAAAGCAAGAGAGGAGAAGCGCCGGAAGCUCGCCGAGGAAUCAAGACGGCGCAGGGAGGAAAAGGAGGCCGAGGAGGAGCGCGCGCGGCGGAAGAGGCUUGGCCUGCCGGAACUGAAGCGUGAAGACGGGGCGUCGGCCUCCGGCUCCGGCGGCGAGGAGGAUGACGGGCAGGACGAGGCGUCCGGGCUGACGGACGACGAGCUCACGGCCAAGCUGCGGUCCCUGGGCGAGCCGGCGGCGCUGUUCGGCGAGACGCGGGCUGCAAAAUUGAAGCGCUACCGCAAGCUCACGACGACGGUGACGCAGGGGCCAAUCCCGACAACGCUGCAGCUGGUGGAGGAGAAGGACAUGAAGGUGCCGGACGAGAUCCCGGCCGCGGGCGACAGGGAGGCGCGGAGGUGGCUCUACCGCCAGCUGGCGUCCUACUUCACGAUGGUGCUGCGGGAGUGGGAGCUCGCGCUGGCGAGGGAGCGGGCCCAGGCCGGCGGCGAGUUCGAGACCACCGCUGCGAAGCAGGCGUACAACACUAUGGUGCAGUGCAAGCAGACCAUGACGCCCCUGUUCCGCAGGUUCGAGAAGGCCGACCUGGACGAGGACGUGCUCAAGCCCGUCGUGGAGAUUGUCAGGGCCGCCCAGGAGCGGCGCUACGUGGAUGCCAACGACGGCUAUCUGAGGCUUAGCAUCGGAAAGGCAGCGUGGCCCAUUGGUGUGACCAUGGUGGGUAUCCACGAGCGAAGCGCCCGUGAGAAGCUUCACAAUGGUGAGAGAGGCCAUGUCAUGGGUGACGAGGUCACGAGAAAGUACCUGCAGAGCAUCAAACGGUGUUUGACUUUUGCGCAGGUAAGAUGGCCGCCUGAGGAUGUGAGGCAGCUGAUGGGCUAA